UUCGCAUUUUUUUGUAAUUAACUCAUUGGCAUAGAAAGAUGUCAAGUAAAGAAAAUAAGCACAAAUUAUAAUUUAUUUUAAAGUAAUAUUCACGAUCAUUCACAAUUAUCAGCUGGUUAAUUGGAAUAAAUAUUAAUGACCGAUACGUGUAACGAUUUUUGUAUGCACAUUGAUAAGAAGUAGCACAAAUGAUAUGUAUACGUGUCGGUGACAAUACUAAUAAUUAAUAUUACAAGAAAUAACAACGAAACACGUACGAAUUAAUUCUAAGAUGUUUCGAUCGCAAAUGUCAUUAUAAAAAUUUCGUACUUGGUUUAAAGGUUAGAGUGUAUGAGCACUUAAUGUAUACGUAUGCCGGGAAGUAUAAAAUAAAUUGAAAUUUAAUUUUAUCAAAAGUUUCUUUAAAAAGUAUUUGCAAAGACUUAAUCUAUCUAAAAGUAUUUAGAGAUAUUGACUUUAUUUCUUUGUUUUAUAAGCUUAUUAUUAAUAUCAAAGCUUAUGCAUAUUAGGUGGGAAGCUAAGAAUAAAAGUAUAAUGGGAAUCGACAGCAUGAGAGUUGGAACAGGCAGAUGUUCACCUCUUUUAGUUGGAGGACUCUUUAUUGCAUGUUUAAUGCUUAUUUGCAACUGGUGGACUUUAUCUUCUGAAAAUUUAGAUUUAGUGCACCAAAUAGAUGAACUUAAUGAGCAGCUUAAAAUAAGCGCAGAAGAUAGAGAUCAGUGUGUAACAUUACGCAGUAAAUUAGAACAAAGAUAUAAACAAAUGGAAGAUGACAUAGCUUAUUUACAUGUAAGAUUAGAAAAGCAAAAUGAUUUAGAGAAAAAAAAUGAUGAACUUAAAGAUUCUAUAGUAAUCUGUAAAAGUGAAUUAGACUCAUUGAAUAAAUUAGAUGCUAAACGAAAAGAAAAUAAAAAACUUCAAGAAGAAUUGGACAGAGUCAAAGAUGAAAUGGAAAAAUUAAAACUUGCUUAUAAUGCACCAGCUAAUAAUAUUAAAUCUGAUCUUACAUUAACACCUACAAGAAAGGUCAUUGAUGCUAGUCAGUUACAUCUUGUUCGGGACUCCGCUAUAAGAAUAUCUGUAGCUGGUCAGCGUGGUUUGAAGUACCAUCAAAUCCCAAUUCUACCAACAGAUCCACCUGGUGCUGUGCGCCUAGCUCCUCGUCUUUCAGUAACAAUGUUAAAAGCUAAAAGAAAUGUAGAAAUAGAAAAUGGCACGACUCAAGGAAUAGAAAAUGACGAAGUAGAAAAAAAUGAUGUAAAUAAUCAAGGAAAUGAGGCAGUAGAAACUGUUUCAUAUGUAGAAAAGAGAAACCAUAAAUUAUCUAAUCAAUCGAUGCAUUAAAUAUCUCUGUGAUAUAAAUACUUAUUUACUGGAUGCCUUGUCAAUUAAAGUGAAUUAAAUAAUUUGUAUAGUAUUUCUAAGAUAAUGACAGAUUAGUUUUGGAAAUAAUGUUCGAAAGCUUUUAAUGUUUGGUUACAGUUAUGCAAUAUAAGAAUAUUAAGUAUUAUUAUACUUAUUUUUUUUUUUUUUUUCAAGAAAAUAUAUCCAUAUCUGAUUUCAUGUAAAAUUAUGUAAUAAAAAGAGUAUGUACAACGUUAUAAUGAUACAAUGUAUUUUCUCUUAGUUUUCAUUUUUCUAUACACUUCUGAAGAAAUAUAAUUAUCUACAAAUAACAAAGGAUUUAUUAAUAUGACAAAUCAAUAAAUCAAUUAUGUUUAAGUAUGGUAAUACAUAGCAUGAUAUAAGCUGUAAUGUACAAGUGUCAUGUUAUAAAUUAUAUAUUUGCAAAACGAUACAUAGUGAUAGUAAUUGUUAAUGCUGCCAAUCUAUUUGCAGAGUUUUUUGUUAAAAAUAAUAUAUUAUCUUUUUCUUUAUUAUAUAACUAAUUAAUAAAUUACUUAAAUUUCAAUUCACAUUUAAUAAAGGGACAUUAUGAUUUACAUAUAAUUAUAUUGCUUAUGAGUACAUUGUGCGUAUUAUAAAACGCAUUAUAAGGCCGAUUUUAUUUUAAUAUACACAUUGUACAUAAAUAAUAUUCAAGCUGCUUGAUUUAACACUAUAUUGAUAUCCAUAUAACAAAAUGUAGAAUUUUUUUUUUUUUUGACUAGGACAUUAUUAAGUAACGACUAGAUAUUUAUUCUGUAAAUUCAUGUUCUUUUUUUCUUUUUCUUAUGUGGUAACUUAAAAUAAAAAUGUCUUUAACAUUGAAGACAUCUCUUUUACAUAUUCGUAUAUACCACA